AUGGCAUCAAAACGUAAGGCUGCAGCUAUGGCACCUACGGUGGAAGAACCAGUAGAUCCCGCUGACGAACUCACCUUUACGAAUCUUGGUGGUGGUAAUGAGGUCGGAAGAUCUUGUCAUAUAAUUCAAUACAAGGGCAAAACUGUCAUGCUUGAUGCUGGUAUGCAUGCUGGUUACGACGGAUUAGCAGCUCUACCUUUCUAUGACGAUUUUGAUUUGAGUACUGUCGAUUUACUUUUAAUCAGCCAUUUUCACGUCGACCACGCAGCUUCAUUGCCAUAUGUCCUUGCGAAGACCAAUUUCAAAGGACGUGUCUUCAUGACACAUCCAACCAAGGCCAUCUACAAAUGGCUCAUCAUAGACAGCGUAAGGGUUGGAGGAGCAUCCUCGGGUGGAGGUUCACAACCAGUCUACACUGAAGCCGACCAUCUCACUACAUUUGCUCAAAUCGAAGCUAUAGAUUAUCAUACCACACAUACAAUCUCUUCGAUCAGGGUCACACCAUAUCCAGCAGGGCAUGUACUUGGUGCUGCUAUGUUCCUUAUUGAGAUCGCAGGACUCAAGAUAUUUUUCACGGGAGAUUAUUCUCGAGAAGACGAUAGACAUCUUGUCUCUGCCGAGGUUCCCAAAGGAGUGAAGAUUGAUGUUCUAAUUACCGAAUCUACGUAUGGUAUUGCAUCACAUAUUCCCCGAUUAGAACGAGAGCAGGCCCUUAUGAAGUCUGUCACUAGUAUCUUGAAUCGUGGGGGGCGGGUUCUCAUGCCGGUUUUUGCACUUGGUAGAGCUCAAGAACUACUCCUGAUUCUGGAUGAAUACUGGGGUAAACAUCCAGAAUUCCAAAAGAUCCCUAUCUACUAUGCUAGUAACCUGGCUCGUAAAUGUAUGUUAGUAUACCAAACAUACGUUGGCUCUAUGAACGAAAAUAUCAAACGACUCUUCAGAGAACGUAUGGCCGAAGCCGAAGCCAACUCAACUAGUGGAGGUAGAGGAGGACCAUGGGAUUUCAAAUAUAUUCGUUCAUUAAAGAAUCUCGAUCGCUUUGACGAUGUUGGGGGUUGUGUUAUUUUAGCAAGUCCCGGUAUGCUACAGAAUGGUAUUAGUAGACAAUUACUAGAACGGUGGGCACCAAGUGAUAAAAACGGUGUUAUUAUUACUGGUUACAGUGUUGAAGGUACUAUGGCAAAGCAAAUCAUGCAAGAACCAGAUCACAUCCAAGCAAUCAUGUCUGGUCCACAGGGUUUUACACGAAGAUCAGCACCUGGAGAAACAGAGAAAGCUAUGAUACCUAGAAGAUGUAGUGUUCAAGAAUACUCCUUUGCAGCGCACGUUGAUGGCGUCGAGAACCGGGAAUUCAUCGAGGAAAUCGCUGCUCCUGUCGUGAUUCUCGUCCACGGCGAACAACACAACAUGAUGCGUCUAAAAUCCAAACUUCUCUCCCUCAACGCCGACAAAACUACCAAAGUGAAAGUUUUCUCCCCCAAGAAUUGCGAACCAUUACGCAUUCCUUUUGUGACUUCGAAAACCGCCAAGGUCGUCGGAAAACUCGCCAACAAUCCCCCACCUCCUGAUUCCGCCCAACUUAUCACUGGUGUACUGGUUCAAAACGAUUUCAAAAUGUCGUUGAUGGCUCCUGAAGAUUUGAGAGAAUACGCUGGAUUAACUACUACUACUAUUACAUGUAAACAACGCAUGACACUCAGUGCGGCGGGUAUUGAUCUUAUUCGCUGGGCUCUAGAGGGAACAUUUGGAAAGAUUGAUGAAUUGCCUGAAAGUAGAGGACAACAGAAACAUUCAAAUGGAAAUGGAAAUGGAAAUGGGGAUACGCAUAUGAAUGGAUCAUCCGACGAAGAAGCCGACGAGGAGAUUGCAAAUACGAAUGCAGUCACUGCAUAUUUAGUUAUGGGCUGUGUUACAGUGAGGUAUAGAAGUAAUGGGGAAGUAGAAUUAGAAUGGGAGGGCAACAUGUUGAAUGAUGGGAUUGCGGAUGCCAUCAUGGCGGUGUUGUAUUCGGUGGAAAGUAGUCCAGCUGCUGUUAAACAAUCCGCGAGCAAAUCUCCCCACUCCCACUCCCCUCCAGCCCGCAACCUGCACGCGCACCUGACCCCCGCCGAGCGUCUCGAACGCCUCUUCAUGUUCCUCGAAGCCCAAUUCGGCGCCGACAAUCUCGUCCCCAUUACCACUCCCCGUCUAUCCACCGGAAUCCCAUCUCCAACUUCUUCCCCCUCCAUACCCCCCGACACCAAACCCUCUUCCCCCUCAGACCUCGAAACUCCCGAAACCUCAGAAACCUACGCCCAAGAAAAAGAACUCGCUCGUCUCCAUAAACUCGGUAUCCCCGUUCCGGGCAUCGAGAUCAAGGUCGAUAAGAUGGUUGCGAAGGUAUGGUUGGAGGAUUUGGAUGUCGAGUGCGCGAAUCGGGUUUUUGGGGAAAGAGUGAGAGCUGUGGUAGAGAGGGCCGUGGAGGUUACGGCGCCGUUGUGGGGUUGA